GUAACGCUCUUUCCUUUUGUUUUCUAGGUGCGUCUUUUUUUUAAUAUGAUCUGUUUGGGACAUGAGAGCAUCCGUUACUCGAAAUUUGAUUAUAUACUUUUUGUUUGAUUUGAUUGAGAAUUGGAAAAAUAAAAAAAGUAAGUGGAUCUGAUGUAUAGGAAGUUACUGGUUGAAGCUAUUGACCAGAGAUGAACUCUUUUGUGGUGUUUUCACAUGUGUUGAUUUGAUUAUAUAGAACAAGUUUUAUCUGCUGUGAGAUAUAAAGGUUGGCAAAUGGCGAGGAUAAAACCUCAGGCUCUGCUUAAUCAAAGCAAGAAGAAGAAGGGUCCUAGUCGCAUAAGUAUUUCUACGAUUGUCGUGUGUAAUCUCGUAGUUGCUGUAGUUGUACUCUCCUUGGUCACUACUUAUCGUCAUUGGUCCCAGAGGUCAAGAAACACACUUGAAACCCAGAGUCAAAGAUUUGAGGACACAAAUGCUGUAUCACAACAAAAGAAUUACGAUCUUCCUGGUUAUGCCGAUAUAAGCACAUCAAAAGGUCUCAUAACUGUGGAACUCUUUAAAGAUGCUUCCCCUGAAGCUGUCGACAAGUUUCUAGAUCUAUGUCAGAAGGAUCACUUUAAGGGAAUGCCGUUUCAUCGGGUUAUAAAAAACUACUUGGUGCAAGCUGGUCACUCCUCCAGUUCUAUACCUAUAGAAGAAUGGACAGCUAAAGGAAAGCUCCGUGGUCGCCUUGACACAAGCCCAAAACAUGAGGCGUUCAUGUUGGGGACACCCAAAAACAAAGGGAACAACAAGGACUUCGAGCUUCUGAUCACAACGGCGCCAAUCCCGGAUCUGAAUGAUCAGCUUAUAGUGUUUGGAAGAGUUCUCAAGGGAGAGGAUGUAGUACAGGAGAUUGAGGAAGUGGAUACAGAUGAGCAUUUCCAGCCAAAAUCUCAGAUAGGGAUCAUUAGCAUUGUACUGAAACGAGAAUUAUGAAAAUGAGAGGCUCACGCCAAAUCUUUUCUUCAUACUCACUGUUUGUCUAAACCUUUUUAUUUUUAUUUUUUAUUUACUGAUUAUUUCCUGCUGUUUUGUAAUUUUAAUUGAACUUUAUCGAGGAAAUAGCAUCUUUGUUCAAGUUAACAUAAUUGGUUGUUUUUGAAUGGAUAGUCUUCUUGAUAA